UUAUAAAAAAACCUUUAGCAAAAUUUAAACGAGUAACUGCGUGUAACUGGCAGAAUAUUAUCUUUAAACCUGGUCACCCUGAACGUACUUGAUGUCAAUAUUGAUCUCAAUCUCAGGACUGUAGUAUAAAAUUUGCUCCGGUUUUCUUACUCUUUUUUAAUUUAUAAUAUUUAACGAAGUUUUCAUUAAUAUGGAGUGGUAUGCAGCUAUGUUACUUCUUAUAAUCAUUGCAUGCUUUAUAAGGGUCAUAUGUGUGUUUUGCAAUGUAGUGCGAAUGGAAUGUAACUUGGCAGUACAAAAAUCUUCCUUAAAUACAAUCAUUUGUAUUGGAUCGGGUGGCCAUACUACAGAAAUGCUAAGGCUUAUACCGAUUAUGAACAAAAAUAAGUUCAAGCCGCGAUUAUACAUUUUGUCCGACAGUGAUGUAUGCAGUGAAAUUAAAAUACAUGCAACCGAAAGAAGCGCAACAAAUUAUGGAUUAAGCCGAAUACCAAGAUGUAGAAAAGUAAGACAAUCCUACUUAUCAUCUGUCUUCAGUACAUUGUAUGCGACGUUUCGCACUAUUCCUAUAAUUUAUAAAUUUAAACCUGAUGUGAUUUUAUGUAAUGGUCCAGGCACUUGCAUACCAGUAUGUGCUGUUGCCUUUAUGUUCAGAUGCUUGUUCUUAUUGGAUUGUAGAAUUAUUUUCAUUGAGAGUAUAUGUCGAGUAAGAACAUUGUCAUUAUCAGGAAGAAUACUUCAGUAUUUUGCAGAUCUAAUUAUUGUACAAUGGCCACAUUUAAGAAAUAUUUGCCUUAGAGCUAAGUAUUUAGGUAGAUUAACAUAAGUAGUAAUGUGUAAACACAUAGCUGUUUGUCAAUAUUGUUGUUGUCUUGCUUGUAUGUCAAUAUAAAUAAAACACUGUAAAAUGAGAAAAAGAAUAUGUAAUUUAUGUUUUAGUGAAGUAAGCAAUUAAUUAUAAAUUAAUUCAUAAAAUCAAUUUCUUGACUAGAUAAAUGCAAUGCAGUAUUUCAAACAAUCAGUGUUACAAGUUAUCAACAAAUCUUAACUGAUAGUACUUAAAAAAAAUUGCUUGAAUCACUGUAUUUCAUCUCUCUUUGCACUUGACUUUUAAAUUU